UCCCACCCCCCGCAAGCGCUGGCCCCCGAGGCGGGGGAUGGAGACGGACCGCGGGAGGGGGCGGCUUCGAGGGAGGCGUUCACUAUGAAGACCAUCAUCGCCGCCUAUUCGGGGGUCCUGCGAGGCACUGGCUCCAGCAUCCUGUCCACCGUGCAGGACCUGCCGUCCAUCCCCUGGCUCAGCAAGGCCUCCAUCAGGAAGCAGCUCCAGGUGAUCUCGGUGCUGCAAUGGGUCCUCUCCUUCCUGGUCCUGGGUAUCAUCAGCACCGGGAUCCUCGUAUACUUGUUCUGCACAGACUGCUGGCUGAUUGCGGUGCUGUACUUCACGUGGCUGGUGUUCGACUGGAACACGCCCAAGAAAGGUGGCAGGAGGUCGAAAUGGGUGAGGAACUGGGCCGUCUGGCGCUAUUUCCGAGACUACUUCCCCAUCCGGCUGGUGAAGACCCACGACCUGCUGACGAACCGGAAUUACAUCUUCGGCUACCACCCCCACGGGAUCUUGGGCCUGGGGGCCUUCUGCAACUUCAGCACCGAGGCCACGGGGGUUGGGAAGAAGUUCCCUGGCAUUCGGCCGUACCUGGCCACCCUGGCUGGGAAUUUCAGGAUGCCCGUGCUUCGGGAAUACUUAAUGUCUGGAGGUAUCUGUCCUGUCAAUCGGGACACCAUCGACUACCUCCUGAGCCAGAACGGCAGCGGCAAUGCGGUCAUCAUCGUGGUCGGCGGCGCAGCCGAGUCCCUCAGCUCCAUCCCCGGCCGCAACGCCAUCACCCUGAGGAACCGCAAGGGUUUCGUGAAGCUGGCUCUGCGGCAUGGGGCUGACCUAGUCCCCGUGUACUCAUUUGGCGAGAAUGAGGUCUACGAGCAGGUGGUCUUUGAGGAGGGCUCCUGGGGAAAGUGGGUGCAGAAGAAAUUCCAGAAAUACAUUGGCUUCGCGCCCUGUAUCUUCCACGGCCGUGGCCUGUUCUCCUCCAACGCAUGGGGCCUGGUGCCCUAUUCGAAGCCCAUCACUACUGUCGUGGGGGAGCCGAUCACCGUCCCCAAAAUCGAGCGGCCGAGUCACCAUGAGAUCGACCUGUACCACAGCCUGUACACGGACGCGCUGGUCACCCUGUUCCACAAAUACAAGACCCGCUUCGGACUCCCACACACCGAGGUCCUGGAAGUGAACUGAGUGUGAGGGCGUGCGGCCCACUCUCUGCACCUCCACAACAAGACGACGGUCCCCCCAGUUCCUCUUGGUCCCCCUCUCUUCCUCCCUCACCCCCUCUCCUGGACUGACUGCAGGGCCUGCCUGGGGCUACUGGAUAUUUAAUCCUGAUAAUGCUGAUACUGAUAAUGCUAAUUUGGUAAACAUGGGACCCUGAUGGAGUGUCUUUAAACUCACAAACUGGAUGCUGAGCUGCUGGCUCUCCCCUGGGGGCCAGGAGAAAAUGGGGGUGGCCCGGAGCCCAUGCGUCUCCUGUUUGCCCCCCAACUGAGGGGGGGCUACAGCUGGAGGUCUCAUACCCCCCUGCCCCCACAACCUGCUGUGUUCUGGGACAGGCUAGGGGAGCCCCCCAACCAGAGAAAUUUUGACUCCACCCACACAUGUGAAUGUAAGUGUCUGGUCGAGGGAGGUCCCUCCUCCCUCCACUGCAUCUACUGGAGUAUCUGUGCCCACGUUCAAGUCUUUGGGCGGCAGGCAGAGGCUGAGGGUUACAGUCCAGUCCUUAUGCCGCCCGGUUGGACUUAAAAUCUGCUCUACCCCACUCUCCCCACUUCGGGACAAGCGUGACAUGAUGACAGUCAGGAGCCAAAACCCCAUGAGAGGCAGGAGCCCCCAGAAACCUUCACCCUUCACCACCCCUUGAAGAGGAAAUGGGGUUGGAAGGAGCGGCAGGAAGCAGGCCCCACCCUAUAGACCCUCCCCAACACUUGCUUCAGGGAGGAGAAACUUCCUUAAGGGCCAGCCCCCCACCAGACACCCCUCUCUGCACUAAGGCUUGGACCUGGAUGCCGUAGGCCCCUGUGCCUUCUGCCGAACUCAUGGCACUGCCCCUCUGCCCGAGCUGAGGCCCAUCUGGAUGGUUCUGCAGGGGCGGGUCUGGACAGUUUGACUGUGCCUGGUCUGGGUGGUUCUGCCGCAUACGGUCCUUGGGCUACUAUACCUGAGCCAGAUGUUUUUUUUACAAAUUUCUAAAAAUAAACGCAUAUGGUUGAGCCA